AUGCUCCCUUAUGCCACGGCGGUCGAGGCCGAGGCGGCACUGGGGCGCGCCAUGACGGUGGCGGAGGCGGCGUGGUUCCGUUACUCGGCGGCGCUGCCGGACCACUUGCUCUACUACCAAACCAUCGCCAUCAUCCUGGUCAUCUACACGGUCGGGGGGGUGCCCCUCGCACUGCUCGAGCUCAGCGCGCCGGCGAAGGACGUCUCCGUAAUGCCGUACAAGCUGCAGCCCCGCGCGCGCCUAUCGCCGGCCGAAUUCCUCCGGUGCUACCUGGAGAGUGCGCGCCUCCUGGUGCUCCACGGCGGCGCGCUCGGCGUCGUCUCCUACCCUGCCGUCAAGAUGCUGGGGCUCCGGGCCGGGCUGCGUCUGCCGUCGGCGGGGGAGACAGCGGCGCGGCUGGUUGUGUACCUCCUAGUGCAGGACUAUGUUACCUACUGGAUCCAUCGGGUGCUGCACACCAGGUGGGUCUACCGCAAGGUCCACCGCGUCCACCACGAGUUCACCGCGCCCUUCGGCUUCGUCGCGCAGUACGCACACUGGGUCGACGUCCUCCUCCUCAGUGUCCCGUCCAUGGUCGGCCCAGCCAUCGUGCCGUGCCACAUGACCACCUUGUGGCUCUAUUUCGUCAUACUCCAACUAAUUGCCAUCGACAUCCACUCCGGGUUUGACUUCCCGCUAAACCCCACCAAGUUUAUCCCGUUCUACGGAGGAGCAAAAUUCCAUGACUAUCAUCACCGCAUAGGAGAGCAUAGCCAGAGCAACUUCGCUCCAACUUUUACCUACUGCGACUAUCUGUACGGGACAGAUAAAGGCUACACAUACCAUAAGGCAAGCCUAGCAAAGUUGGCGAAGGAGAUGGCAGAAAACAAUGUUGGCGAAGGAAAUGUCAAUAUAUUCAACAAAGGGGAAUAG